GAAAAGCAGCCGCCGAGUGCGUAUCAGAUGAUGCCCUCAUCCACCUCAAAUCUUACAAGUACUCCGCCGUCGACAAGUCACCGAUAUCCCACUACAUCCUUCGGCCAUACGUGCGCAUUGCCCCACCCCCGCCCUACAUGCAAGCUUCGUGUGCUCUGCGCGACGGCUUGGUAUCGAUGGCGAGAAAGAGGACACAGCUAAAAUAUGAGAGCAGUGGAACGCCUUUGUCGAGCUAUUGCCGCUAUGGCUGGCCCCGAACAUGGUAACCCUCCUCGGGUUCAUGUGCAUCCUCUUCAACGUCGGCCUGUUGGUGGUCAUGAUGCCGGAUCUUGAAGGACCAGCACCCCCUUGGGUAUACUACAGCUUCGCCUUCGGCCUCUUCAUGUACCAGACCUUCGACAAUGUCGACGGCAAGCAGGCCCGCCGCACCGGCACCUCGAGCGGUCUCGGCGAACUUUUCGACCACGGCAUCGACAGCCUUAACUGCACCCUCGCCAGCCUUCUCGAGACGGCCGCCAUGGGUCUCGGCACUUCCAAGUCGGGCGUUUUCACCGCGCUCUGCCCAUGCUUGCCCAUGUUCUUCUCCACCUGGGAGACGUACCACACCCACACCCUCUACCUGGGCGUCGUCAACGGGCCGACCGAGGGCCUCCUGCUCGCGUGCACUUUCAUGGUUCUCUCGGGCUACUACGGCCCGGCCAUCUGGACCCAGCCCCUCCCCACACUCCUGGGCCCGCGCAUCUCGGUGCUCAACUCCUUGGGCGUCUCUGACGAAGUGCUCGACAGCCUCUCGAUCCGUGACCUGUGGGUGACCGUCAUCGUGGUCUCGCUGCUCUUCACCCACAUCCCCUUCUGCAUCCACAACGUCGUCAAGGCCCGGCGCGCAAAGGGCCUGCCCGUAGCCCCCGUGUUCUUGGAAUGGACCCCCAUGGCCGUCUACACCCUCUCCAUCGGCGCGUGGCUCUACUCGCCCUACUCCACCCUCCGGUCGGAGAACCACCUCGUCAUGUUCUGCAUCAUCAUGAGCUUCGUCUUCGGCCGCAUGACCACCAAGAUGAUCCUCGCCCACCUCACGCGCCAGCCGUUCCCCUACUGGACCGUCAUGCUGUGGCCGCUGGUCGGGGGCGCCGUGCUCGGGAACCUGCCCCGCUUUGGCUUUCCCGCCGUCUCCGCCGAGUUCGAGUACCUGUACCUGGUCGGGUACCUGGUCUUCUCGGCCGUCGUGUACUUCCGGUGGGCGUGGCUCGUCACCACCAGCAUCUGCCGCUUCCUCGGGAUCAACUGCCUGACCAUCCCCCAUGAGAAGCAGAUGCAGAAUAAGCUGCAGAACAAGGCGCAGAGUCAGGGGAUCCCGAACGGGACGCCAAGUGGGGGCCGUAAGGUGGACUGAGCUGUCAUGGAAGGGGAGUCCGAGUCACAAAGUAAAAAGGGGUUUGAGGAUGAAAAAGUGGCUGAAAUGGGGGGAUGAUCAUUCAACAUAUAAAGUGGCUGCCUAGGGCCAAGUUGUUUGACUUUGGACAUUGGGUUUGCAUUGGAGCAUGGCGUUCUUCGUUUCCGGGCGUGGAGGGCAUUGAUGCAUGCAUUAUGGCCCUUGCUGGCGGCUGGCGGCCAACGUUAGAGAAGCCCUGGAUUUGUAAUGGUCUGCGGCGGUAAUACAUAGAGAUUUCACAUAAACCAAGCACUCUUUUUUUUUUAAAAAAAAAAAGCACUCUCAUAUCGAGACACAGAUGUGGCUGUUAUCCAAGA